GCCACCAACCGCUGUAUAAAACUAGCACACACACUCUCUCUCCAACUCCCAGUGGCCAGUGCUCGCCUUCCUGUACCAAUUGUCCGCGAAUCUCGCCGGCGUCCAGUCUCCGCUUCUCCAGUGGCCAUGGACGCCUCCGUCUCUUCCGCCUCCUCGCCUCUCCGGUGCUCCCGAAACGCCACCAGCCCAACCCCGAACCCUAGCCCCAGGCCCCACGUCGUCCCUGCCGGCCGCCAGCCCGCCGCCUUCACCACCCGCCUCCGCGCCAUCUCGCCGUCCCCGUCCCCGCCCACGCCGUCGCCGGUGGAGUCGUUCGGCUUCGAAGCCCUCAAGGAGACCUUCUCGGUCGACGUCGCGGCUGCCGAGGCGCGCCCGCUCGACGUGCCGCUGGCCGCGCUCUUCACCAUCGCGUCCUCGCGCCUCGAGUCCGUCUCCAACGUCGCCGUGCGCGUGGAGCUCCGCAGCGGCGCGGUCGGGUGGGGGGAGGCGCCCGUGCUGCCCUCCGUCACGGCCGAGGACCAACCGGCCGCGCUCGCCGCGGCGGGCCGGGCCUGCGCGGCGCUGGCGGGCGCGCCGGCGGCGCCCCUCGGCUCCCUGCUCCAGGACGUUGCCAGUGUCCUCCCAGGACAUGCCUUCGCCUCGGCCAGAGCAGGAGUGGAGAUGGCACUGAUUGACGCAGUUGCUAACAGCAUUCGCAUCCCUCUGCGGAGAUUAUUUGGAGGGGCAUCAGAUAGUGUAACCACAGACAUCACGAUUCCGAUUGUGACCCCAAAUGAAGCUGCUCAGUUGGCUGCAAAAUAUCGAGGGCAAGGGUUUCAAACUCUGAAGCUCAAGGUUGGGAAAAACUUGAACUCAGAUAUAGAAGUUUUGAAGGCUAUAAGGCUUGUCCAUCCAGACUGCUCAUUUAUCUUGGAUGCAAAUGAGGGAUACACAGCUGAUGAAGCAAUUGAAGUUCUUGAUAGACUAAAUGUUGCUGUUCUGUCCUUGGUUUCAGAAAUGGGAGUGACCCCUGUGCUCUUUGAGCAACCUGUUCACAGAGAUGACUGGGAAGGUCUCCGUGAUGUUAGCAUUGUUGCCAUGGAAACAUACAAAGUCGCAGUUGCUGCUGAUGAAAGUUGUCGGACUUUACUUGAUGCUCAGAAAAUAAUACAAGGGAAUCUAGCCCAUGUUAUUAACAUCAAGCUGGCAAAGCUGGGUGUUCUUGGAGCACUUGAAAUAAUUGAUGCUGCAAGAAAAGCCAACGUUGCUCUAAUGAUUGGUGGUAUGGUCGAGACUAGAAUCGCUAUGGGCUUUGCUGGUCAUCUAGCUGCUGGGCUUGGUUGUUUCAGUUUUGUUGACCUGGACACACCUCUUUUGCUGUCUGAAGAUCCAGUGUAUGGCGGCUAUGAAGCCUUUGGACCUCUGUACAAGUUUGCAAAUGCCCGUGGUCACGGUGGUUUUCUUCACUUGGACAACUAUGGCUCGAAAUGAAGACGGUCAAGGAAUACAUUGGUUGGUCCUUCUGGAGCCUCACUGAACCAUUCUAGUGCAUUCCACGAAUGCAUUGUUACAUUGGACAACCAUCGUUGUAAUUGAAUCAAACGAGCAGUUGUAAGCGUAUAGCGUUCAGUUUGCCGCUGCUGAAAGUCCAGUCAGGCCUAGAAUAUUUGAUCAUGCUGUAGAUAGAUAUUCAGAAGGCUAUGCCGGCUGGCAUUGUUGUUUUAUCCAAAUAUUAUAUAUGGUUGAAAAAGGUCAAUAAAUUCAGCCUUGGUAAGCUGGAACAUCCA